AGUGACCAUAUCAUGUGUGAUCACUUCAAAUAAAUCUACUUUUUAUUGUACAAUCACUCCAUGCAAUUUUGGUCCAAUUCUGAUCAUUUCUCCUCUACACCUUUCCUCUAUUAUUAGUUUCUUACAGGUGAAGCUGCUUGUGAUUUUGCUGGGGAAGGAAACUUCUAGAAUCUUCUUAUUUGAAAUUUUAGUAUAAAUUAUCAAUGGAGAUGAUGGGUAUGGAAAUUGAGAGAAUUCUGGAAAACCCUUUUAAUACCGCCAUUGUUAUAAUUAGUGUUUCAUCAAUGGUGUUCAUUAUAUUGUUAGGCAAGUCUUUUGUUAACCGAGGGGUGAAAAUGUCUGUUUCUUCUGAUGUUCCUUCUGUGCCCAGGGUUCCCGGACUGCCUUUGCUUGGGAAUUUGCUUCAACUGAAAGAGAAGAAGCCGUACAAGACCUUCACGAAAUGGUCAGAGGUUUAUGGUCCAAUUUAUUCGAUUCAGCUUGGCUCUUCACAUUUGAUUGUGCUCAACAAUUCCAAUGUUGCCAAAGAGGCUAUGGUCACCCGCUUCUCUUCCAUCUCAACCCGAAAGUUGUCAAAUGCAUUGACAAUCCUUACUUAUGAUAAAUGCAUGGUUGCAACUAGUGAUUAUAAUGAGUUUCACAAAACGGUGAAGAAAUAUAUAAUGACUUACCUAUUGGGUUCAAAUGCUCAGAAACGCAACCGAAAUAUCCGUGAAACCAUGUUGGAGAAUGUAGUAUGCUGCUUUAAUGCACAUAUCAAGCAUAACCCCCUUCAAGCAGUGAACUUUCGGAAAAUUUUUGAGUCAGAGCUUUUUGGGUUAGCUUUGAAACAGGCUAUUGGACGAGACGUGCAGUCUCUUUAUGUUGAAGAACUUGGAACUACUUUGACAAGAAACGAAAUAUUCCAUAUUCUAGUUUUGGAUAUGAUGGAGGGUGCGAUCGAGGUUGAUUGGAGGGAUUUCUUCCCUUACCUCAAAUGGGUUCCUAAUAAUAAGGUAGAAGCAAACAUUAGAAAGUUGGACUUCCGCAGAUUUGCGGUGAUGAAGACACUAAUAAAGGAGCAUAAAAAACAAAAUGAAGGCAAAAAGGAAAUGAAUUCGUAUCUGGACUUCUUGCUGUCAGAAGUUAAUACUAUGACGGAGAAUCAACUAGCUAUGCUGCUAUGGGAGCCAAUCAUCGAGUCUUCUGAUACCACAUUAAUCUCAACGGAAUGGGCCUUGUUUGAACUUGCUAAGGAUCCUGCGCGGCAGGAUCGUCUGUAUCAAGAAAUUCAGACUGUUUGCGGUUCUGAUAGGAUAACAGAAGAUCACUUGUCUCAGUUGCCAUACUUGUCUGCUGUUUUUCAUGAAACUCUAAGGAAGCACAGCCCUGUUCCGAUCAUUCCUAUACGAUAUGUGCAUGAAGACACUCAGAUCGGAGGCUACAACAUUCCUGCUGGAACUGAGAUUAUAGUGAACCUGUAUGGAUGUAACAGGGACAGUAAUCAAUGGGAAAACUCUGAAGAAUGGAUUCCCGAGAGAUUUCUCGAUAAUAGAUAUGACCCGCAUGAUAUUUAUAAGACGAUGGCUUUUGGGGCCGGAAAAAGGAUUUGUGCUGGUGCCCUUCAGGCCAUGUUAAUAUCUUGUACAUCGAUUGGUCGGCUGGUGCAAGAAUUUGAAUGGAGGCUGGAAGCUGGGCAGGAAGAGGACAUCGACACUGUCGGCCUCACCACACAUAAACUUCAUCCUCUGCAUGCCAUCUUACGCACACGAUGUCAACUUUGAACAGGUGUAUCCUCUGUUGUGGAGUUAGACAUGCCAAUAAUUUGUAGUAGUAUGUUAAUACUAAUACUAAUACUACUAUACUGUUUGUGUACUUGUAAUUUGUACAAGUGAUAUCUCAAAUUGUUAUCUUUGGAUGAAAUUUGAACUUUAAGUUAUGAGCAAAUGUGCUGCUAUUACCUUAA